AUGAAAAACUCUUACAAAUAACAGAUAGUAAUUUCAAGUAUUAUUGUGAUGAAGUUAGUAAAUAUUUAUAAGAUGGAUACCAAUAUAUCAAUAUCGAAGGUAUUGGCACUAAUAUUCCUACAGCAAUAAGAGUAGCUGAGACAUUUGUUUAAAGAAAGUAAGCAGACUGGGAAAAGCUCCACACAGGAUCUAUAGAAAAAUAAAAUGGGCAAAAAGGAAAAAAAGUUUGCAUUAAUGCUUGCAUCAAAAGAAGAUGAAAAAAAUCAUAUUUUCAAUUACUAAAAACAUAAAACAAAAAAAAACACAAUAUAAAUUCAGAUUCAAUUAUAAAAAUUUAUAAAAUGUUUAAAAAUUAAGAAUAAAUAAUAUGUUUCCAAUUUAUACACCUUUAAAAUAAUGUUAUGGAUAUCUCAAUUAAUCAUCUUAUAUAAAUAGAUUAUUUUAUUAUAUAUUUUCCUUUAUCAUAUAAAAAAUAUUUAAAAACAAAGAAUUUAGUAAAUUAAUUGA